GAUACUCUACAUAAUCAAGUGGAUCAGGAUUCGAGUACCAUUUUAAAUGAAUGUAAAAGGGAUGCUAGCAAACGAAGACCAUCAUUGGCUCAAAAAAUGACGUCAAAUUUAAGGCGCCUUUCGGGCGCUACCGAACUCAAAAUUGAUAUCAACGAUCCGAUAACAGCAAAUAAUCCAAAAUAUUGCAAUAAAAAAAUAAAGCGACACAGUAUUCAUGGCAUGAUGGAAGAGGAAAAUGUAAUUCGUCCACAUCAAGAGAUCCAAGCUUUGAAUUUCGAUGAGAAAAAGUUUUUGUUAGCUGUGGAACGAGGCGAUGUAGCCGGCACCAGAAGGAUUCUUCAAGAUAACGAGGAACAUGACCGCAUCAACAUAAAUUGUGUUGAUCCAUUAGGCCGCUCAGCACUUCUAAUGGCCAUUGAUAAUGAAAAUCUUGAUAUGGUUGAUUUACUUAUCAAUUACAAAGUGGAUACAAAAGAUGCUCUUUUACACGCCAUUUCUGAGGAGUUUGUUGAAGCGGUUGAAAUGCUUCUCGAUCAUGAAGACCAACGAAAAGAGGGACAACACUCAUGGGAAACAAUGCCCUCUGAGACUGCAACGUUCACCUCAGAUAUAACACCACUAAUUUUAGCUGCACAUCGCGAUAAUUAUGAAAUUAUAAAAAUUUUACUAGACCGUGGGGCAAAUUUAAGUUUGCCCCAUGACGCCAGAUGUGGUUGCGAUGAAUGUGUAAUUUCACGCUUGGAUGAUUCGCUGCGACACUCACGUUCUCGAAUAAAUGCAUAUAGAGCACUGGCCAGUCCAAGUUUGAUAUCACUCUCUUCAAAAGAUCCUAUAUUAACCGCUUUUGAACUCUCGUGGGAACUGCGACGCUUGAGCUUUUUGGAGCAUGAAUUCAAGAGUGAAUACCAAGAAUUGAGAAGACAAUGUCAAGAUUUUGCGACCGCAUUAUUAGAUCACACACGAACAUCAAAUGAACUUGAAGUCAUGCUAAAUCAUGAUCCAACCAAUUUAUCAACACCAAUGUUUGAACACGGCGAACGAAUGCACCUGAACCGCUUGAAAUUGGCAAUCAAAUUACGACAAAAAAAGUUUGUUGCCCAUCCAAAUGUACAACAGUUGCUCGCCAGUAUAUGGUACGAAGGUUUACCUGGGUUCCGACGAAAAAAUAUGGCCUUACAAGCACUUGAAAUCGUCCGAAUCGGAAUACUUUUUCCAUUGUUUUCAAUCACAUAUAUAAUAGCUCCGCAUUCACGAAUCGGUCAAACGAUGCGCAAACCUUUUAUUAAAUUCAUUUGUCACAGCGCUUCAUACUUCACAUUCCUUUUUCUCACAAUUUCAAAUAACCAUUUCUUUUUAUUUACAGGGUGAGCGGUAAGUUGUUCUAUGUAAACGGUUCCCAUAUACCAUGUCGUAUUUUCUCCUCUUUCCGGUUCAGGUUUGAUAUGGAGCGAAGUGAAGCAACUAUGGGACAUUGGGCUUCAAGAAUAUGUGAAUGAUAUGUGGAAUGUUAUAGAUUUUGUAACAAAUUCGUUAUACGUGGCAACGGUCGCCUUACGCGUUGUCUCUUAUUUUCAAGUACAAAAAGAAAUGGUGAACAAUAAAAAUGCUCCUGAUUUGCCUCGCGAGCAGUGGCAUUCAUGGGAUCCAAUGUUGUUAUCAGAGGGCCUAUUUAGUGCAGCGAAUAUAUUCAGUUCGCUGAAAUUAGUUUACAUAUUCUCAGUGAAUCCCCAUCUUGGGCCACUUCAAGUGUCACUUUCACGUAUGGUAAUGGACAUCAUGAAGUUUUUCUUCCUCUAUGUGCUCGUGUUAUUUGCCUUCAGUUCAGGUCUCAAUCAGUUGCUAUGGUACUAUGCGGACUUGGAAAAAAGACGCUGCCCCGAAUUGAAUUUUAGCAAUAACUUUACUCCGAAUGAUACGCAAACAAUGGCAGCCGACCAUAAUGCCUGCUAUGUUUGGAGACGAUUCGCUAACUUAUUUGAAACAACACAAACUCUGUUCUGGGCCGUUUUUGGUUUGGUCGACUUGGACAGCUUUGAAUUGGAAGGCAUAAAAAUAUUUACACGGUUCUGGGGUAUGCUGAUGUUCGGAACAUACUCUGUGAUAAACAUCGUGGUGCUACUAAAUCUUCUCAUUGCAAUGAUGAAUCAUUCGUAUCAGUUGAUAUCGGAACGGGCUGAUGUGGAAUGGAAAUUCGCAAGAUCUAGAUUAUGGAUCAGUUAUUUUGAAGAAGGCGGUACCGCUCCACCACCGUUUAAUGUUAUACCAGCUCCCAAAUCAAUUUGGUACAUUUUUGAGUGGAUGAAGAAAAAGUUUUUCGGCCGUUCAAAAACCAUAAAAAAAGAACACAUGAAAACCAUUCGGAAGAAAGCAAAACAAGCAAAUGAACGGGAAUUUAAAUACCAGCAAAUUAUGCGAAAUUUGGUGCGUCGCUAUGUAACAGUACAGCAGCGUAAGGCUGAAUCGCAAGGUGUCACAGAGGAUGAUGUAAACGAAAUCAAGCAAGAUAUUUCGGCAUUUCGUUGCGAAAUUGUUGAGAUACUCAAAGGUAGCGGCAUGAACACAAGUACUGUGUCAGGACAAGGAGCUGGAGGAAAGAAGAAUCGUCAAAAGGAACGACGCUUGAUGAAAGGAUUCAAUUUAGCGUUGACAAGUACACAAGGUAUGAAUGCAUUAGCUCCAGUAGCCGAAUUCAUGUCACCAUUUCAUUCAGGCAGCGAAAAUUGCGACUACUAUGGAUCAACAUUUGCGGGCCUACUGAAUGCCAAUCAAUCUGGAAUUACACCUCGACGAAAUCCAACAAUGUACUCAAUGCAACAAUAUUCGUCGUCACAGAGUUCGUUCAGUGAAUCGUUUGGCACCAUUGGGCGCUUGGGUAAAAUUGGAUCGAAACUACGCAAUACAUCGCAAAAGAGACGAUGGGGUACAUUGAUUGAAGCGGCACGUCAUGGCACCGGCAGUGUAUCACGUUUUAUUGGACGAUCACGCUCCGAAGAUUCCGUAUGCAAUUCAAUACCUGCAAACAGUGCGAACAACAAUAAAGGAUCAGCCAGUCGAAGCAAUAGUGCCGGUUCCGACGAAGGUGUCACUGCAUCUCCAACUGAUUCAAAUCCAAGUAUGGACAAACCUGACGUUAACACCGCUCCUACUACUAAAUCUUCUUCUUCUUCUGCUAAAUAUAAAAACAAAGACCAUCAUGCGCAUUUAUAUGGAUUCGGCGCCUUGGCUGCGCUAAAACGAAAGCGGAAAAAGUUCAGCAAAAGUCGAAAUACAAGUCCUGUUUUAGAGCCAUCGGCACCAUCAAAAACCGAAUCUAGUCCAAGUAAAAAGAUCCUUAAACGAGCAUCGAGUGUGCCAUCACGUGCGGAAGACGAGAAAAGUCAAACGCAUGACGGUGAACAAACAAGUAAAAGUCCAGAAUCAUCACAACAUGAAGGAUUGACUCCUUCAACAACCGACGAAAGUGUAAAAUUUUCGACGGCACUACUGGAUCCAUUGUUGCGACAGACACAUUCCCUAAACGAGUCUAGCUCACACGAUAUACCACAGUUGCCCAAUGUAACACCAGUACGCGGACAUAUUAACUAUCAGGGAUGGCUUUAAUAUCAUCAACACUGUUAUCGCUUUCUAACUUCCACUAUUUAUCAACGUUGCACUUUCAAUCGAAUUUCCUAUAUCUCGUCGCCAAUCAUUUCGCAAAAUGACAUUGUCUCACAACGAAAAUCAAUUUCACAUUCCUGAACCAAGUAAACACAAAACGAAGCUAACUUUCGUAGCGAACAUGAGAAAGAAACGGGAAAGAAAGACAGUAUGUAUGUUUGUGUCAGUGGGAGAUUGGGAAAGAGAGAAAAUAGUUGAAACAAAAAUGGUUAAUUUGUUGAAUUUCAUAAUAUUCUCCACCCAUUUGAAAGUUCAGCAUACAUUCUCAUAAGUUGCUUCAUUUCGAUAAGCAGAAACUGAAGAACUUUAGUGGAAACUUUAAGUGACCUGAUUUUCGUUCUCGUUGAAUUUGCUCAUCAAACCAAGCAAACAACAGCAACGAUAGAAAUUGAAGAGUGGAACGAAGUAAAAAUAUCAAGAGAGUACAUUUUUGGCAACACAACAACGAAUAUUGAACAGAGCCAGUCAAGAUGAAAUUUAUAACUAAGUUUUCCGAAGAGAGAAAAGAAGCGAGAAAAACUGCUCGCGAGAGACAAGAAUUACAGAUAAUUUACAUAAACACACGACAGCGUAAAAAAAACACCACAGCAUAAACAAACUUGAACAAAACAAGAAUUGCACAUACGAAUUGCAUCACAUUCAGCGUAAUUAGAAUGACUGCAUUUUGCACAGACAGAAAUAUAAACGCAUACACGCGAACAUUGGCAAAUAAGAUUUUGAGGUUCAACUUAACGCGCAAAGCUAACAUCAAACACAAGCCAUGACUAAUCGACCGAAAAUCCAGAUAAGUGAGUGUCCUGAAAACUGUGGAUGUCGACAGUAAUUGAAUUUCAAAGUUUAAAGACAUACCAAAUUGUGGUUUCGGCAUUUCAAUGCAAACAAUUUUUCACAACAACAUAAUGGAAUUUUCUUAAAACAAAUCAAAGUUUGUCAUCAUUUUGAAUUUUAUUAUUCCACUUUAUUCAUAGUUUUGCAUCAAUGUUAUAUAUUUUAAGAAAAUACAUUUAUCAAAAUCUGUUUUCUUUGUAUAACUACUCUACAUCAUGUUUGUUUAAGUUGUUUUAGUUUGAUUUUUAUGAUUAAAUCGAUGUUAUGGAUACGAUUUAUGCGUUUUAUUUUCAUGGAAAAAUUCCUUUAAAUACUAUAUCGCGAUAUUUGUAUAUUUUAAGCCGAACAUAUAUAUCUCGAGUUUAUUUACAUCUUUUAAAAUUUUACGCCCUAUAUCUGUUGUGUCUAUAUGGAAAUAAUAGCUUAAAUGAAUCUUAAACAUCUACUACGUUUUAAUAAUCAAAAAAUGAAAUUACAAACUAACGAAACUAUUAUUCAAAAAAUUAAAAUUGAUUUGCACUGUCGUUAAAACGCGUUACGAGCACAAAACGAUUCAAAUUACAAACCUACUAUACUAAAACUAUGCACGAUUGGACGGACGGAUAAGGUCGACGAUACACAAAUACAAAACAGUACGUGGACAUACUUAACACAAUACAUAAAACUAAAAUAUAAACUUAGGAAAAAAUGAACUUAUAGAUGAAGUACACAAAUUACAUUUAUAUAGACCAUACUAAAUGAAAAAAAAAAUCAAUACGAAUUAUGCGAAAAUCUAAUAUCGUUCUAAAGAGAGACGCAUAGUCAAUGUAGUUAAUAUAAAUACAAAUAAAGAAUCUGGUUAACAACAAUUGGUUUCGUGCAUUCGGCCAAUAUUCUUUGCAUAGAAAUUUAGCUGUCCGAAACAUACUAUAUACCUUUUGAUUUGGUUAAGGCACUUUUAAAGAGCACAUUUUAUUUCACAGUAUUAUUGCUUCAAUUCAAUUACAUUUAACCAUUCAACUAUUUUCUUUGCAUUUAUUUUAUAUCGAGCAAAUGUAUCGAUGAGAUCUACGUUCUAUAUGUUUUUAAUUCGGUUUUUCAAUGUGAUCAAAACGGUGCACAUACUCAUUGUGUUUAAAUGAAACAAAAACAAAACACUAUUCCAAUUGUCAACUAUGACAAAUUACACCUAUCACCGAAAAAAAAAAUCGAAUUUAAAAUUAAGACGAAAGCAAAAAUUCUCUCAAAACAAAUUUAAGAAAAAUCGUUACAAAACAGAAGAAGCAAUAGUCUUUAAAUGAAAUUCUCAGUAGGUAUUUCAAUGUGGAUAAAAUUAUUUUUUUUAAAAUAAAGAUAUUAUUUUCCAACAUGAAAUCGCCGAACAUAUAGAAGAAGCACUAUCCCGUGUACGAAUGAAAGAAAUAACAUGGUUAACAUAAUUUUAAUUAUAGAUUACUAAAACCGAAAUGGAUACAUAGUUUAUUACAAACUGAGCCUAUUUAUUAUACACCCAAAAUGUCCAGUUGAUGAACAUACAAUUUAAGAAGAAAUGAAUGUACUUUUUUCAUUCUUUUAUUUUAUUAUUCAUGUGACUAAAUGAUAAAUGGAUGAUUAAUUGUUGAUUUUGAUUAUCUUUUUUGUUCUAAGCUCAUCGGUUUCGCGUUUAUUGAUUUUGUGUUUUUUUUUUACAAAAUAUAUUAUU